AUGGCAGCCCAAUGCUACGAUACUAUCGUAGUAUGGAACGCAGCUCGCACUGGUUACUCAUACAAAGACAAUAACAACAAAUGGGUCCACAAUGACACAACAUCCAAUUGGAAGGAGAUCGGAGACGAGAUCUACAAACUUCAGGGAGCUCCGCCGUAUGCGCGCUCAACCAAAUCCCGUUAA